AUGGCCACGACCAGUUUCCUGUCCAAUCCGGGGAUUGCCGAGUCUUCUGGCCUUCUUAAUCUUCUUCCCUUCGUCGCCUUCCUGACACUCCCCACCACUUUCGCAGUGGGACCAAAAUCAAGACAAAUCAUGAACUCGCCAACAUCAGCAGAAGACUCCAUCGUGGCCUCGGCGAUGUCCAAAGAACUUGUAGAUCUCAUCUUGACCGAGAACAUCCCCGACACAAGCGUCGAUCAGAAGAAAUCAACCACCAAGACCCCGAAAAAAGUGCAAGACGUCUUCCUGAACCAGUAUCGCAGGACCAUAGAGUCAUUCCGCAAAGCCACACGAGAGUUCCUAGAUGCGGCCUGGAAAACAUCUACAUCCGAUCCAAUGCUCUACCUCAGAACUCUCUACCCUCUGCACUACCACGCCGAGAAUUUCAGACAAGCCGCAAAGAAAGCCCGCUCGCAAGUCGUCGAAGACGAGAAAUCCGGCAGAUUCGAAGCAGAAGAGGAAUCCGACGCAGUCGACCCCUCUAGAAGAUAUAUCCCCCACAGUGAAUGGCUCGCCCAAAUCCAACUCGCCGACCAAGAGCUACAAACCUGUGAAACUCUCUUCCAAAACGCAACCCAGAGUUUCCGUCUCGGGGAAUUCCCCGGCGUAAUCCGCCUCGUACGCUCCACAACACCCCUCUCCAACAUCAAACGUGCGCGAUUCUGGAAAGAUGUCUGUGCCAUGUAUCGUCUGGAUCGUUGCUGUCGAAUCUCGGGACGCAAAGAAUCGCAGAAACUCGCGGCGAUCAAAGUGCAAGAGACGGCGAGAAUUGAUGCCGAGAGAUAUAAAGGUGACGAAACGAUAGCUAUGCGACAUCGACGUAUGCUUGCGUUCUGUGAUUGUGGAGAUUGCGUGAAUGAUGUGCAGGGAUUAGGGCAAGCGGAUGAGGGUCUUGUUGAGAGUGUUGUGGAGAUGCAAGGAGGAGGAGGAGGAGCAGGGGAUGGACAGUCGAGCCUACCAUCAUUACGUGGGGAGAGGGAUAGGAAAUUUCGGGAGAUGGCGAAGGUGGGUAAGGAGAUGAAUGAGAUGCAGCAUAAGGAAUCUCAUCUUUGGUGUGCGUGUCCUUAUUGCGAGGGGGAGGUUGAGGAGCCACAGAAGAGUGAUGGGAAGGUUGUUGUUACUCCUGCUUCUGUUUCUUCGGCUUCUCUUGCUGAUUCGGAGAGGACUUUGAGGGGCUGA